AUGGAGCCCGUUCGUUUGGCGACAGCGGCCACAUUUUUAUUCAGUGUGCUUAUUCUUGAGUGCCGUGGUUGUGAUCUCGUUUUGCAACGUUUUGCAACUUUUGUCGUUGUAUUCGCAAGCAUUUCGGCGAGGAGAAACAGCAAUAUUUUUGAGGCCUCCUCACCGCCUCCCGCCUCACCGCCUCCCACCCCCAAUUUCAUUUGCUUUUCUACGCCGUUAUCACGUCCGUUACCAAAUGUCGUUUUUGCACUAUUUGGAGAUCCUAAUGGAUCACAUUCAUGGCAGCGAAUGGGUCGUCUUCAUCGUAAUGAUGAUUCAUUUGCUUCUAGCUCCCGGGACAAAGAAGAGUCGUUCAACAGACAGGCCACCCACGAUCUGAUCUACGAGAAUUACAACAUAUCAAACCGUGACCAUAAUGACUUUCCUGGUGUCGUUCCGCGGACUUUUGUCGGACCCUUUGCUUUGACCAGCUUUGGAUUCCCGUUACGAAUCGUGUUUUGGCUCUUCGGUAUUCAGAAAAUAUGGAUGCUCUUUGCAGUGUGCUUAUUCUUGGGUGCCGCAGUUGUGAUCUCGUUUUGCAACUUUUGUCGUUGGUUAUCACCGCCUCCCACCGCCAAUUUCAUCUGCUUUUCUACACCGUUAUCACGUCCGUUACCAAAUGUCGUAUUUGCCCUAUUUAGAGUUCUUUUCGUCCUACAGAAGUGGUUCGACGGCCAACACCAAUCGGGCCGUACUUUUUGGAAA